AUGGAUUUUACUGACGUUACGCCUUCUGAGAUCGUUUUCAAGCAACAGCUGUCCUGCACACGUUUCUCAGUGAUAUUCCUUGUGGUCAUUCGGAAUACAACAUGUGUCAUGAAAGUGGUAAGAUGGAUGGAAAAUUUUAUAAAAGGCAUUAAGGAGAUCCAGAAUGCGCUGAUUCAACAUAGUGAUGUCCACCCUAGGAAUAUGAUGGUUGUCGAUGGCGACCCUGAAAGGGCAAUCUGGAUCGACUUCGACAGGGCACAAACAUUUGAUGCUUCAUUUGAGUAUGCGCUUGUUGAGGAGAUGGCAAGUUGCAUGAUCCGACCAAGUUCUUUGGCGGAACUGUUCUUUGGUCAGACACUACUACAGCUCGUCGAUAUGAAUCAUUAUCCAAACGCAAUUCAGCGUGUGGCAGAAGAAAUCAUAUCCAGAGAGUAUGAAUAUGCUGAUCACCUUUUUUAG